UCCAGGCUGGGAAAUAGCCAGGGUGAUAGGUCAAUGUCCCACUGGGUGGUAGGAAGACCCACCUAUCUGUGGAUGGAGCCUUCUGGUGUAGACACUCAGUGUCUGCCUGCCUGCCCUCCAGUGCAGUCUGCUCCAAUGCUGCCAGCCUCUGCCUGGCUCUCCUUCCCUUCCUCAGUCUGGGGCGAUAGUGAAGCUUCUCAUGGAGGAAGGCGAUGGAUCCCUUUUGGUCUUGGGCCAGCAGCCUCCCACCCACCUAGGGACACAUCACCUAACCUCCUGGGCACACACACUGUACCAACUUUGAUUUCUGGUAAGUGGAGAAUCGGGCCUGAGACCUCUGCUCAGGCUAUGCUUGGUAGACAGGGACAGCUGGGUGUCUGCAGAUCACCAUCCUCCUGGGGAACUAGGUAUGAAUAAGGACUUCACAGGCUGUGGGAACCCCAGGGAGCCCAUUUUGCCCCAAGCAGGAGUCCAGCAGCCCAGUGGAUGAAGAUUUCCAUACAUUAGAACGGGCAAAGGCAAGUGUGGUUUCCACCGUUCCAGGGGUUCUGUGCCGGAGGCAGCUCCUUCCUAAUUUGGACUCCAACUAGUAUAUUGAGACAUGGAAAUCAAAGAGUUGUGUGAUUUCUUGUGGUGUCAACGGCUGUCCUCUGAACUUGGGAACAGAUUCAACUGACCUUUGUCCCUGGGACAGAGGGAGCUGAACCACAGUCCCAAUUCAAGCCUUCGGAAUUGCCAGCCUGAGCCCUCACUCUCUGAAGUGGACAACCUUACCUCCUGCCACAGGUCUGUCUGGGCCCAGGAAACUCUGCUCCACCCAGAAGACCCUGGGACACCCAGGAGACCCUACCCCAGCCCAGGAGACCCUACCCAGGCCCAGGAGACCCUGCCCAUCCCCAGGAAACUCUGCCCAGGCCCAAGAGACCUUACCUAGCCCAGGAGACCCUGCUCUCACUCAGGAAGCUCUGCCCUCACUCAGGAGACCCUGCUCUCACUCAGGAAGCCCUACACCAGCCUAGGCACAGCACUGCAGCCAUGGUAGAAGACAUAGAGUUAUGGCAACAAGUUUUCCAGGAGCUGAUUCAAGAAGUGAAACCAUGGCACAAAUGGACCCUCACACAAGACAAGGGCCUUCUUCCUGAUGUUCUGAAGCCAGGAUGGAUGCAGUACCAGCAAAAGACCUUUGCCAGGUUCCACUGUUCCUGCUGUUCCCGCAGUUGGGCCUCUGGCUGCGUCCUGACAAUCUUCCACAUGCACUGGUGUGAGAAGGAGGGCCAGGGCCAGGUGAAGAUGAGGGUCUUCGCUCAGCGAUGUAACAAGUGCCCUGAGCCUCCGUUUGCAGAUCCAGAGUUCACUUGGGACAACAUCUCAAGGAUCCUGAACAACCUGCUCUUCAGAAUUCUGAAGAAGUGCUAUGGAGAAGGGUUUAAGCAAAUGGAUGAGAUUCCUUUGCUUGGAGACACCAGUCUCCAAGGGCCACAUGACAGCAGCAACUGUGAGGCUUGUCUGCAGGGCUUUUGUGCUCAGAGUGGCUUAGGCCUCGCCUCAAAACCACCAGCGCGCCCACUAUCUCCCACCCCCUCUAAGACAACUAGGGAGCCUCAGGUCACGACCAUUUACAGCGACGAUCCCCGCUCACAGACCUCCUCCAAAGUGGAAAUGCCCCAAGCAUCAAAAGUGGACCCCAAAGCCAGUAACCCUCCCAAAGCUGCCCUCAAGGUUAGCCACACCUCACACCCAUCGACUACAAUAUGGACAAUCCAACAGUUGUCACGGGUAAGCUCACCUACCCCUACAUGUGUCACUCAAAUGCCUUCUCCCGUCAAGAGCAGCGCAGCAGCAGAUGCAGGAAAGAAGACCAGGUCCAAGACCCCGAAGGCAUUGCCCCCACCCUCCUCAGUUGCCCCACCCACUUCCUCCUUAUUUGUCCCACCCACUCGCUCAUUUGCCCCACCCACUUCCUCCUUAUUUGUCCCACCCACUCGCUCCUCAUUUGCCCCACCCCCUCGCUCCUAUGUUGUGCCGGAUUCUUGGAGACCACCAGCAAACACCGCCUGCCAGGUAGAGAGAAGCAGCCAUAUCCAUCCACCAAGUGAACCUUGCUGUGAAGCUUGCUGCGGGGCCUGCUGCGAGGGCUUCUGUGACUGCCUGUCACGUAAACCGUGUCAGUCUUUGGUCGUCCUAUUCAUUGUUGCUGUUAUUGUGACACUUUGCAUAAAAUAUGGUAUAUGAGUUUUGAAAAAAGAAUGCUGAAAAUGGGGGGGAAAUCACAACGUCCCCCAAAAGUCACACAUUGUGUAACCCCUUUAUAUGAAAUGUCAAUAAAAUUAGUAGUGGAGUCCAGAGGUAGCUACCAGGACUGGAGGAAGGGAAAAGUAUAAAGCCACUGUUUAACCAAUGUGGGUGUUGUGAGGAAGAGGGUGAUGAAAAUGUUUGUGAUUUGAGGAGAUAGCAACAGUCUCUCUACUCCGUCAGCGCACAGAAAGCCACUGAAUUUUUCCAAUGGGGUGAGUUAGAGUGGGUUUGAGAUCUCAUCAUGUAGCCAAAGUUGGUUUGAAACUCACUAAGUAAUUUAGGCUAAUCUAGUGGUAAUUUGCGCCGCCCAUGACCUUGGGCUGUAGGGCCCCAAGGAGACGGUGAAAAGGGUCACAUGCCCCUUCUCUCUGCUCCUGCCUGCGAGGUGGAUUCGCUCCAGGGCAGAGCAGACAACUUUAGCUGUCUACUCCGUUCUGUAUGUGUAAGUGUAUUUUCUCAAAUUGUAUCUUAAUAAAUUCUGUUACCCAUUUAAUA